AUGAUACCCUCUAUAGGAUGGGCGUGGCUCCGUCAGUUUGGUUACCUGUCCCAGGCGAGCAGGCAAAUGUCCACCAUGCAUUCAGCUCAGACUUUAUCCAAAGCCAUCAGCGACAUGCAGCGCUUCUACGGCCUGGAGGCGACUGGUGUGAUGGACGCCGCCACGGCCGCGGCCAUGCGUCGGCCUCGCUGUGGCCUCCCUGACAGAAAACCAGAGGAGGCGGUCGACGCAGCCAGGAGGAAGCGUUACGCUCUCACAGGGCAGCGGUGGGACAAAGACCGUAUCACUUACAGUUUAAAGAACGUUCAUGACAAACUGGGCCUGGAGCGGGGCUCUGAAGCGAUCCGCAGGGCCUUUGACGUGUGGAGACGGGUCACGCCGCUCACCUUCGAACAUGUACCCAUUAAUAACGGCAGCCACACCGAGAUGGGCGAUAUCUUCUUGUUGUUCGACUCUGGUUUCCAUGGUGAUAUGUCACCGUUUGAUGGUGAGGGUGGGUCACUGGCCCACGCCUACUAUCCUGGACCAGGCAUAGGUGGAGACGUACAUUUUGACGCUGAUGAGCCGUGGACGCUGGACAAUGAAGACCCUAAAGGUAUCGACUUCUUCCUGGUUGCAGUCCAUGAGCUCGGUCAUGCUCUCGGUCUGGAACAUUCUGAUAACCCCAACGCUACAAUGGCUCCUUUGUAUCGAUGGAUCAGCACAGAAAACUUCACGCUGCAUGAGGACGACAUCAGAGGAAUACAGUACCUGUAUGGUCCUCCUUUGAUUAUUGAUGCUCCGUCCACUUCUCCUCCCAUCCCCGAUGACGAACCCAGUCAUGUCUCCCCCACCUCCCCCUCUGCUCCCGAAGACAAAUCCUCCUCCUCAUCCCCCACAAACUCCCCACCCAAACCAUCGGACCCCACUGAAGGCAGCCUGGACCCCCCAGCCCAACCAGAGUCAAGUCCAACCGUACUUACCUCUUACCACACCCCCACCACCUCCCAACCUGAGCCAGAACCCACCACCCCACCUGUUAGAAAAGAUAUCCCGCCUCCCACCAGGACUCCCAAAGUCCCGGCCAACCAGCCCCCCAACAUCUGUGAUGGAGAAUUUGACACGGUGACCAUGUUGAGGGGGGAGAUGUUUGUUUUCAAGGGACGCUGGUUUUGGCGGGUUCGAAGGAACAGAGUCCUGGACAACUACCCCAUGCCGAUAUCGGUCUUCUGGACUGGUCUCCCAAGUGACAUUGAUGCAGCCUACGAACGCCAUGAUGGCAAAUUUGUCUUCUUUAAAGAUGACAGAUACUGGUUGUUCAGGGAGGCGGAUGUGCUGCCGGGGUACCCACAGCCCCUGUAUCAGUACGGACGAGGGAUUCCUACUCACAAAAUUGAUACAGCUAUUUGGUGGGAGCCCAAUGGACACACAUAUUUCUUCACAGGAGACAGGUACUGGCGGUACAAUGAGGACACCCGGACCACAGACCGUGACUUUCCCAAACCAAUCAGCCGAUGGGGCAAAAUUCCUCCUUCCCCUAAAGGAGCCUUCCUCAGUGAUGAUGGAUCUUACACUUAUUUCUACAAAGGUACCAAUUAUUGGAGGUUUGACAACCACAGAUCAGAAGCAGACAAAGGCUAUCCCCGCUCCAUCCUGAAGGAUUUCAUGGGCUGUGCGUGGGUGCCCGACCCAAAGCCGGACCCAGACCCGGAGCAAAAGCCGGAAGAGAAACCAGUCAAGCCUUCAGACAGAGGCCAAGAUGAGCAUAAAGAGCCAGACAAGGACCAGGACAAAGACAAAGACAGUAAGCCUGACAUCACAGAGGAGGAAGAGGUGAAUGUGGUUGUGACUGUAGCUGACAGUGAAUCAAAGGUCACGACUCUGAUUAUGGUGAUCGUACCUCUGGUGCUCAUCUUGUGCAUCCUCGUCCUGAUCUACGCAAUCCUCCGGACUCUGCAGAACAAAGAGACACCGAGGGCCUUGAUUCACUGCAAGCGCUCGCUGCAGGAGUGGGUGUGAUGAGAUAAAUAAAGAACCGCACAGGUAUUCAUCAUUUUUUGUGGUGAGGUGCUGUUAGAGUCGUGU